GUUCGGUUUGGUCCCCCCUAUCUCUCUUCCCUCUCCCUCUCCAACCCAAUAACCUUUUUCUUUUUUAACUUUUUACCGUCAAUAAUGUUCCACGCUUGAAUAUUAAACCAUUUCCAUUGUCUUUAUAAACUCUGAAGCUUUCUCCCCUUUUUCUUCAUCAAAUCACUCUCCUCAACCUUCCUCUCAAAGAAACAUGACAACCUUUUUCAAAUCUCCCAUGGAAAUAACCUUUUCCACCCUUAUUUUCCUUUUCUUCUUCUUCACCUUAUCUUCUGCUAGAGAUACAUCCAUCAUAACCUUAAACCAAAACCAUCCAUCAUCAUCAAGCUGGAGAAGCGAUGAUGAGGUGAUGAGCUCGUACAAAUCUUGGGUCUUGAAACAUGGCAAAGCAUACAACGGUGUUGGAGAGCAAGAGAAGAGGUUUGAGAUCUUUAAGGAUAACUUGAAAUUCAUUGAUGAACAUAAUAAUAGCUCUAAGAGCAGGACAUACAAGCUUGGGUUGAACAAGUUUGCUGAUUUAACUAACCAAGAGUACCGUGCUAAGUUUUUGGGGACGAGGAGUGAUUCUAGGCGUCGAGUCAUGAAGUCCAAGAACCCCAGCCAACGUUAUGCUUACCGUGCCGGCGACAGCUUGCCGGAUUCAGUAGACUGGAGAUAUCAUGGAGCUGUUAAUCCGGUCAAGGAUCAAGGAUAUUGUGGAAGUUGCUGGGCAUUCUCAACAAUUGCAGCAGUGGAAGGCAUAAACAAAAUUGUGACUGGCGAACUAAUCUCUCUAUCAGAACAAGAACUAGUAGAUUGUGACCGAUCCUACGACGCAGGUUGCGAUGGUGGCCUAAUGGACUAUGCCUUCCAAUUCAUUAUUGACAAUGGUGGCAUCGACACUGAAGAAGACUAUCCUUACCUUGGCGUUGAUAAUCAAUGUGAUCCAACAAGGAAGAAUGCUAAGGUUGUUAGCAUUGAUGGGUACGAGGAUGUUAUUCCAUAUGAUGAGAACGCUUUAAAAAAGGCUGUGGCGCAUCAGCCUGUGAGUAUUGCCAUUGAAGCUGGUGGUAGAGCUUUCCAACUCUACGAAUCGGGAGUUUUCAAUGGUGAAUGUGGGUCAGCUUUAGACCAUGGCGUGGUUGCUGUCGGAUAUGGCACGGAUGACAAUGGUCAGGAUUACUGGAUUGUGAGGAACUCAUGGGGCAGCAGCUGGGGUGAAGAUGGAUACAUAAGGAUGGAGCGUAAUAUUAAUGCCUAUACUGGCAAGUGUGGCAUUGCGAUGGAGGCUUCCUAUCCGGUUAAGAAUGGGGCAGACAUCAUCAAACCUUACUGGAAUAAUGAAAGCACUGAGAAGAUCAGCAGUGCUUGAAAUCUUUUCUGCAAUUAGCAGUUCUUGGAAGUUAAAAUGUCUCAGCUGCUGUUUUGUGCCAUUGAAGAACACAAAGAUCGACUGAUGCAAAUAAUGAUGCUUGUUGUGAAAAAUUCCCUCUCUAUUCCUUGUUGGUCUAAGUUAUCCAUAUAGGAGUAGGGCUAUUUAUGUUGUUUGGAUUUAUCAUUGUUGUACAUAUAUUUUCAUUUAUCAAAACGGCAGCUGGAAAACUGGUAUUGUUGUGACUUGAGAUUAUUGCAAUUUCAAUUCAAACUCCAUCUUUAUUUGCCAAG